AUGGCCAGUGAACCUAUGCAAGCUGAAGGUGCUGCGGCACCUUGCCUGCAGAUGCUCCUUCAAACACCACCAGGACAGCUCCAGAAUGUGCUUCAAGAUCUCAAAGGCAUCAUGGCCUCCUCCGUUUCCGACUCUGAGUUGUCGGCUCAACUCCAACCGUGGCUCGAGCAACAUUCGCAUGAGCAACUUCCUACUGUCUCUCUUGCAUAUGGUGAGCAGAAGGGUGACGCUAUUGUAUGCAAAGCCGCGAAGGUAGGCGACAAAUAUAUCGAUCCGAACCUGUCGUGCCUGUUUACCUACGACCAUGCACAGGAGUCAGUACGCGAUGUCCAUCCUUGUGAGCGUGUAAAGGGGCCUGUAGAGGAGGUCCGAUCUUCGAUCGACCAAGCCCUAGCGAAGUAUGUGUACAAUCACUACCAUACGGGUAUAUCGGCUGCCUACACGCCCACCGCCUAUGUGGACAUGGCUCUGGCGGCUGUGGACACGUCUCAACAAACCGAAGCGAGCUCAACGACGGAUGCACCGACAGAUGCACCGACAGAUGCCAGCGGCAGUAGUACAACAGAAGCCCCCGGCACAGACGACAGCAAUGUGGAAAAGGAUGUCGAGGCGCCGUCUCACUCUGAUGACCCCCCGCCGACGGAGGCAGCGACCUCCGCUUCUUCGCAGGCUUCGGACAAGAUCCCAGAUGUAAACUCAAGUGUAUUUACACUACAUAUUGUCGGAAACAAGUACAAUCUGCGCAAUUUCUGGGCAGGUCGAUGGCGGUCGACGUACUCUUUCGACGUGGCAACGCGCUCCUUCACGCAGGCGGACAUCCAAAUCCAAUCGCACUACUUUGAGAAUGGUAACGUGCAAAUGCAUGCAAAGCAACUGGCGCUGCCCCCGCGCAUUGAUACCGAUGACCUCACCCAGUUACCGGCGGCUCUUGUAGCAGCUAUUGAGGCCCAUGAACAGGCAUAUCAAGGCAUGCUGUUUAAUACCAUUGAGAUGCUACGUGAGAAAGCGUUCAAAGCUCUACGUCGUACUUUGCCCAUCACGAGACAAAAGAUUGAUUGGGAUAAGGCUGUGAGCUACAAACUUGGAGCUGAACUUGCCAACAAAUAA